AUGCCACCACCCCCGAAGCAACGGAAGAUUGCCAUUGUCGGCAGCAGAUCAGUGGGAAAAUCCUCUCUUACUGUCCGGUUCGUCGAUGGCGUGUUCGUCGAGAGCUAUUACCCCACGAUCGAGAAUACAUUCAGCAGCACCAUCAAAUACAAGGGCCAGGAUUUCGCCACGGAGAUCGUGGACACUGCUGGCCAGGACGAAUACAGUAUCCUGAAUUCGAAGCAUUUUAUUGGCAUUCAUGGCUAUAUCAUUGUUUACUCAGUCGCGUCGCGCCCUUCCUUCGACAUGGUUAAAGUAAUUCGGGACAAAAUCCUUAACCAUCUGGGAGCGGACUGGGUACCUCUAGUGAUUGUCGGAAACAAAAGCGAUCUCAGACCAGACGUGCGACAGGUUACCGAAGAAGAAGGAAAGAAACUAGGAGAGGAAUUUAACUGUGCCUGGACCGAGGCAAGCGCCCGGCUAGAUGAAAACGUCUCCAAAGCUUUUGAUCUGAUGAUUGCUGAAGUCGAGAAGUCGCAGAACCCGACCGAACCUGACCGGGGGAACAGCAAAUGCACCAUUAUGUAA